CACAGUGAUAAUGUUGUCUUCAUUCCCCUAGCAAUUCUUGUCCCUUUCUGUUUUUAAUAAUUAUUCUAAUCUAAGAUGCUUUUCCAGAUUGCAGACGAGACAGAGUCGCAUUCAAGCGAUUCAAUGUCUGAUAAGGACAGUUUGAAAGCGAUUCGUGAUUUUUGUAAGAUACAUGAACCUGAGAGAAAAUCUGUAAACAGUUGUGGAGGUUCAAAACAAAUUUUACCUGAUAGAACUUCAGACUGGAAAUUAACACAUACAAAUCUCCUUCAUGUUUUUUACAAGAAUGAUUACCUUCUAAAUCCAACAGAUGUAUUACAAACUAUGCAAAUGUUACAUGAACUUGACGAAAAACAAAAACAAUAUGUGUCUUGUCUGCAGAAUUUUCUAAAGUUUGAUUCAAAUUUGCACGAAUUUUGUCACAGUCCAGUUUUGGUAAAAGAGAAGCUUGACAGAUUAUUACCUAAACGAGAAAGUUUAAAUGAACUUCAGACAUGCAAUGAAGUAUCUGUCAGCACAUUGAAGGGUGAUAGGUUUAUCACUGCAUUAUAUAGACUGCAUGAUAAAAUUCAGAAACAGAGAAGGGCUCGUUACAGAUUGAAUGAAGGCAUGUUUACUCAGUUAGUCCUUACACUUGGUGAAAUAUGUUCCUUGGAGGGGGAGCGGUGUUCAAGUGGAGAUGAGUCUAUUUGGUGUAAUUUGAGAGGAUGUAAGCGUGUCAUUUCAAAUCCAGAUUGUCGUUUCUACAAACAGGGGCAUUUAAUGAAUGAUAAUUGUGCACCAGUUAAGCCAACUACUGUUGUAUCUAUUCAUGAGGUGAAAAAUGCUAAGAAAUUUGAAGGUUUAGAACAUCCAGAAAAAAAGAGAAAAAGAAAGAGAUUUAAAAGGUCACACUUUUCAACUGAAGAAUCUGAAUCUUGCUCAUCGUCUGGUAUAUCUAGGUGGUCAUCUGGACAGCUACUGGACAUUUCAAAAGAACCAAUACCAGAAAUAAUUGCUGAUUUGAAUGUGAAAGUUCUUGGACAGCAUGCCGGUGAACUUCUGCUGGACCUUCAUGAAUAUGGUUUAGAUGACCACAUAUCAAAGCUGACAUCACCAGGACUGAUUAUAGAUGGCACCAAGGUAUACUUUACUCUAUUGGAAAUGUCAAAGAGUCAUUAUGAAAAGCUGUGCAAGAAUGUUGAACUUGAUGAAACUGACAGAGCUAUAAUUUAUUAUUCCAGACCAUUAGACAUUUUACAUCUUGAAAGUCGCAACAAACUGAUAGAAAACUUUGUACGGUUAAACAACAUUUAUUAACCAAGUUAUUAUUUGAUCAUGAACUUUAAUAAUUGAUGGUGCUGACUGGUGUGGAUAGUUUAGUUCAUCAUUAUACCCCCGCUUUAAAAAAGGGGGGGUAUACUGUUUUACCUCUGUCUGUCCGUCCAUCAGUCGGUCUGUCAGUCAGUCCGUCCCAUGGAUAUUCCGUCUGUCAGUCAGUCCGUCCCAUGAAUAUUUUUAGUCGCUUUUUUCUUAGGAACUACAUUAUAAGGAUUUCUGAAAUUUGGUUUCAGGGUUUAUCUUAGUCAGCUAUACCGUGUGAUGCGUUUGUUUUCAGAUUAAUCAUUGAAAACUUCCUGUUUACCGAAAACUUGUAUGAUUUUACACAUGAUAGCCAAGUUGAAAAUUUUCGUCACACUUUUCUCAGGAACUACAAUACAAGGAAUUCUGAAAUUUGGUUUCAUGAUUUAUAUAAGUCAGCUAUACCGUGUGAUGCUUUUUCAGAUUCAUCACUUGACAACUUCCUGUUUACCGAACACUUGCAUAUUUUUACACUAUUUAUUUUUUCAUCGCAUUUUUCUCAGGAACUACAAUACAAGGAUUUCUGAAAUUUUGUUUCUGGGUUUAUCUUAGUCAGCUAUACCGUGUGAUGUGUUUUCAGAUUGAUCACUUGACAACUUCCUGUUUACAGAACACUUGUAUGAUUUUACACAUGAUAGCCAAGUUGAAAAUUUUCGUCACACUUUUCUCAGGAACUAAAAUACAAGGAUUUCUGAAAUUUGGUUUCAGGAUUUAUAUAAGUCAGCUUUACCGUGUGAUGCGUUUUCAGAUUCAUCACUCGACAACUUCCUAUUUACCGAACACUUGCAUAUUUUACACUAUUUAUAUUAUCCACUUGCGGCGGGGGUAUCAUCAGUGAGCAGUAGCUCGCAGUUUCACUUGUUUAGACUUCAUGCAACUUAAGAAACUGUAUAAACUCUCUUUGUUUGGUAUACAAAGUAUAUUGUUAUACAUUGUACUGACAUUUAUAUCUAAAAUAUUUACCUCAUAUUUUACAUUGGUUUUAAAACUCUUCAAAUUUUGAUAAAAAAAAAAGGUAUCCAAGGUAUUACAUUUAUUAAUUACUUGACACAUAUUUUAUGCUGUUUCUGGUCAUUCUUCUUCAUUAACUUGUUGAUUUGUA